UUCCAUGGAUGGGUAGCUCCAGCACCCCCGUCCCCUCCCCGCGGGCCUGAGGGCGCAGCCCCCGCAGCAGAGACCCCGCAGCAGCCGCAGCAGCCCCGCGCAGCCCCGAGGGCACCAUGGAGGAGUCGUUCCGGGACCGGACCGCCUUCAUCCGCGGCGCCAAGGACAUCGCCAAGGAGGUGAAGAAACACGCGGCCAAGAAGGUGAGCAGGGGCAUGGACCGAGUGCAGGACGAGUACACCCGCCGCUCCUACUCGCGCUUCGAGGAGGAGGAGGACGAUGAAGACUACGCGCCCCAGGACGGCUACUACAGAGGGGGCGAAGGCGCCAACGAGGAGGAGGGGGUGUCCAGCGACGCCACGGAAGGCCACGACGAGGAGGACGAGAUCUACGAGGGCGAAUACCAAGGGAUCCCGCGGCAGGAGUCGCUGAAGGGCGGGGAGCGCCUGGGCGCCGCGGCGGCCGCCGGAGCCUUCGACGACACCGAGGGGCAGCGGAGGAAGGACCGGGAGGAGCUGGCGCAGCAGUACGAGCUCAUCCUGCAGGAGUGCGGCCACGGCCGCUUCCAGUGGACCCUCUACUUUGUCCUGGGCCUGGCCCUGAUGGCGGACGGCGUGGAGAUCUUCGUGGUGGGCUUCGUCCUGCCCAGCGCCGAGAAGGACAUGUGCCUGUCCGACUCCAACAAGGGCAUGCUGGGGCUCAUCGUGUACCUGGGCAUGAUGGUGGGCGCGUUCGUGUGGGGCGGGCUGGCCGACCGGCUGGGCCGAAGGCAGUGCCUCCUCAUCUCCCUCUCCGUCAACAGCGUCUUCGCCUUCUUCUCCUCCUUCGUCCAGGGCUACGGCACCUUCCUCUUCUGCCGCCUGCUCUCGGGCGUGGGCAUCGGCGGCUCCAUCCCCAUCGUCUUCUCCUACUUCUCGGAGUUCCUGGCGCAGGAGAAGCGCGGGGAGCACCUGAGCUGGCUCUGCAUGUUCUGGAUGAUCGGGGGCAUCUACGCCUCGGCCAUGGCCUGGGCCAUCAUCCCGCACUACGGCUGGAGCUUCCAGAUGGGCUCUGCGUACCAAUUCCACAGCUGGAGGGUUUUCGUCCUGGUCUGCGCCUUCCCCUCGGUCUUCGCCAUCGGGGCGCUCACCACCAUGCCGGAGAGCCCGCGCUUCUACCUUGAGAACGGGAAGCACGACGAGGCCUGGAUGGUGCUGAAGCAGGUCCAUGACACCAACAUGAGAGCCAAGGGCCACCCCGAGAGGGUCUUCUCGGUCACCCACAUCAAGACCAUCAAGCGGGAGGACGAGCUCAUCGAGAUCCAGUCGGACACCGGGACGUGGUACCGGCGCUGGCUGGUCCGAUGCCUCAACCUGUCCCAGCAGGUCUGGAGCAACUUCCAGCAGUGCUUCGUGCCCGAGUACCGGCGGGUGACGCUGAUGAUGAUGGCGGUGUGGUUCACCAUGUCCUUCAGCUACUACGGGCUCACCGUGUGGUUCCCGGACAUGAUCAAGCACCUGCAGAGCAUCGAGUACGCGUCGCGCACCAAGCUCUUCACGCGCGAGAAGGUUCGGCACUUCACCUUCAACUUCACCCUGGAGAACCAAGUGCACCGUGGUGGCGAGUACUUCAACGACAAGUUCAUCGGGCUGAAGAUGAAGUCGGUGACGUUCGAGGACUCGCUCUUUGAGGAGUGUUACUUCGAGGACAUAACUUCCAGCAACACCUUCUUCAAGAACUGCACCUUCAUCUCCACCGUCUUCUACAACACAGACCUGUUCGAGUACAAGUUCAUCAACAGCCGGGUGGUGAACAGCACGUUCCUGCACAACAAGGAGGGCUGCCAGCUGGACUUCAGCGACGACAACAACGCCUACAUGAUCUACUUCGUCAGCUUCCUGGGCACCCUGGCCGUGCUCCCCGGGAACAUCGUCUCGGCCCUGCUCAUGGACAAGAUCGGCCGCCUGCGCAUGCUGGCUGGCUCCAGUGUCAUGUCCUGCAUCAGCUGCUUCUUCCUGUCCUUCGGGAACAGCGAGUCUGCCAUGAUCGCCCUGCUCUGCCUCUUUGGGGGGGUCAGCAUCGCCUCCUGGAACGCGCUCGACGUGCUCACCGUGGAGCUCUACCCCUCCGACAAGAGGACGACGGCCUUUGGCUUCCUGAACGCCCUGUGCAAGCUGGCAGCCGUGCUGGGCAUCAGCAUCUUCACCUCCUUCGUGGGCAUCACCAAGGCCGUGCCCAUCCUCUUCGCCUCAGCUGCUCUGGCCCUGGGCAGCUCCCUGGCCCUCAAACUGCCCGAGACGAGGGGGCAGGUCCUGCAGUGAUGGGGGGCUGGGGGAGAGGGACCCCCCCUUUCCCUGGGGUACCCCCCAAAAUCCAGCAUUUCCCCCCACCCCGUCCAUCUCCUCGUGCCCCCGGGGUUAGUUCUGCGUUAGACACUGUGAAACGUCUUCUUGGAGCAUUUGGGGUCUUUUUCAUUUGCACUUGGACCCCCCCCCCUCACCCCAAAAAAAUCCCUCUGUACCCCCAAAACCUCCGUGAUCCCUUGGACUCCCCCCAAAAUUCCCCCCCUGACCCCCAAUUCUCCCAUCCCAGUUUCUUUUCUUGGUGUCACCCCUGUGUGAGUUGCUGCUCAUUCCUGGGGGGCUUUAGGGGGACGGGAUUUAGGGGGGCCCCCGAUCCUCUGAACCCCCCCCCCCCCCAAAUCUCUGUGCACCCCCAAAUCCCUGCUGAGCCAAGGAGGAUGAAGCAGGGGGAGCCCCCUGUGCCUCAGUUUCCCCAUCCCCAGCAGGGUCCCCCCAAACCCCCACAGAUUUUUGGGGGGGGGAGGGCAAAAGCCCUUGGGGUACCUUGGGAUAGGGAGGGGGAAGCAGAAAAUAUUGGGGUGCAGCUCCCUUUGGGGGGGUGCAGGAAAUAUUGGGGUGCAGCUCCCUUUGGGGGGUGCAGCUCCCUUUGGACCCCCUUGACAAUUUUAGGGUGCCCCCCCCUUAAAGCACAUGCCCCCCCCCCAGGAUGCCCCAAUUUUUGGGUGCCCCCCACCCCAAUUUUCAGGGUGCAAAGCACAGCGCCCCCCUGUCCCCCCCCAUUUGGGGUGCAGCAGUGGGGGACCCCCAAAACUGCCAGUUAGGGAUUUUUAACUGAUUUUUAAAGGAUUUUCCCCAGUUUGAGGGAGGCUGGUGUGGGUCAGGGGGGGUUCAAGGGGGGCGGGGGGCGCUCCCUGCACCCCCUUUUCCUCCUCCCUGCACCCCAAGUCCCCCCCACAUCCCUUAUUAACAAUCCCCUUUUUCCUCCCCCCCACCCCAAAACCACCAGCGGUUUGCAAAGCACAAACAGCCCCUAAACCACCCCCCC